CACUCUCUUCUGUUGGAACUUGUCGCGACAGCACUGCCUGCAGCAUGUUGCAGACGCUCGGUGAGUGGCUGUGGUGGGAACGUUUGUGGCUGCCAGUAAACGUGUCCUGGUCCGAUCUGGAGGACACUGAAGGUCGCAUCUACGCUAAAGCCUCCCAACUUUACGGCAUUCUGCCCUGCGCCCUCUGCCUGCUUCUAGUCAGAUACCUGUUUGAAAGGUACGUUGCCACACCACUGGCUAAAGUUUGGGAAAUUAAGGACAAGGCACGUCGCACAGCAGAAAAAAACCCCAUCCUAGAAAACUACUUCCGCAGCAAAGCACGUGCACCAUCACAGGCUGACGUGAGGUCUCUGUGUAAGAAGACCGGUUGGCCAGAAAGGAAAGUUGAAGUGUGGUUCAGGAGGAGGAGGAACGAAGAGCGACCGGGCCUUCGGAAGAGGUUCGGCGAGGCCAGUUGGAGAUGCACGUUUUAUUUUUUUGCAUUUUUUGGCGGACUUCUAGCUCUCUAUGAUAAACCUUGGGUUUAUGAUCUGAGAGAAGUUUGGGCAGGUUUUCCCAAACAGUCCUUGCUGCCAUCUCAGUACUGGUAUUACCUCUUGGAAAUGGGCUUCUACCUUUCUCUGCUCUUCAGUCUCACAUUUGACGUGAAACGCAAAGAUUUCAGAGAGCAGGUGAUUCAUCAUUUCGCCACACUGACUCUUCUGAGUUUCUCCUGGAUUUCAAACUACAUUCGCAUCGGAACGCUCGUGAUGGCAGUUCAUGACUCUUCUGACAUACUGCUCGAGGGUGCAAAGGUAUUCAACUACGCCAAGUGGCACACGACUGCUAAUGCCAUGUUUGUGGUGUUUACAGUUCUCUUUAUGGUCACAAGACUUGUUAUUUUUCCUUUCUGGCUGAUCCACUGUACAUGGGUGUACCCACUGGAGCUGUAUCCUGCCUUCUUUGGCUACUAUUUCUUCAACGUCAUGUUGAUGGUUCUACUGAUGCUCCACAUCUACUGGGCUUUUCUUAUAUCACGAAUGCUUUACAAGUUCAUCUUCAGCAAGCUGGAGGGUGAUGACAGGAGCGAUGAAGAGGAAGACGACAGCGACCCACCAAAGGAAACAAACCACAAACUGAGUCACAUGAACGGCUCUGGUGCCAGAGAUCGGGCUAAUGGCCACUGACACAGACGGACAGAAAUAGAAAGAAAAAGGAAAAUGGACAGCAGAGACAUGGACGUAUUCUGUAUGAAGUGCAGCUGUUAGAAUUGAAUUUCAUGUAAAAACAAAACACUCGAGUCAGAGAACGUAUUAAUUUUAGAGAAACUGUGAAAGAUGAGACAUAAAGUCAUAUGAAGCUACAUGGUUUCUGGAAUUCACAAAUUCAGAACAUUACCAUCUUAUCUUAUUGUACUUUUAAUUAAAAUACAUCUGUAAUA